UAAGAAAGAAGUGCUUCGCGAUUGGUCCAUCUGAGGCAUUACGUCACCAUCAGCUGAUCUAAUUGGGCGGAGUCUUCAUCCGAUGCAGGAAGUGUUGCGAUAUUACAGCUUAUGUAGACACAACACAAUUUAUUUUUAUCAUGUCUAAAUACGACGAGGAUAUUUGAGCUAAACAAAUCAAAGAGUCUUAAAAAACGUAACGAAGUGCACUGAAAUCAGGCAAGAGACAGCAUGUCUGAGCACAGUGACUUCAAUCUGUCAUCAGAGCAGAGGGUGCGGGCACUCACCAAACUUGGCAGCUCUGUGGAUGUAAGCGAGGAUGUGCCACCCCGUCGAUACUUUCGUUCAGGCAUGGAGAUCAUCCGAAUGGCCAACAUCUAUGCUGAGGAGGGGAAUGUUGAGCAUGCAUUCAUUCUGUACAAUAAGUACAUCACGUUGUUUAUUGAAAAACUUCCUAGACAUCGGGAUUAUAAAACCGCCAAUAUUCCUGAGAAGAAAGAAACUAUGAGGAAAUUAAAGGAAACUGCCUUCCCAAAAGCCGAGGAACUGAAAAAGUUGCUUCUCAUGCAGUAUGAAAAAGAACAUGCCGAAUAUCUUGUCCAGAAGAGAGCGGAGGAGGCGAGCCAGGCUCAAGAGAUGGCCAGGCAGCAGGAGCUGGAAGCUGAGCGACAGAGACAGGCCGACCUGCAGAAGCGUCAGCGUGAACAGGAGAAGUUCAGCGCCUUUGAAGAGAUGAUCCGCAGGCAGGAGUUGGAGAAGGAGCGGCAGCGUGUCGUGCAGGAAUUCAGUGCCCCUAUAUCACCGAUUGCUCCCCUAGAUCUUGUGCCUGAUGUAGGACCUCCACAGGCCUCAUUUACAACACCGAUGCCUCCAGGAGGAACUCCAAACCAUAUCUCUCCAACAUCAGGCCUCCCGGUGUUUGACCGCUCUCUAAAGCCUAGCAUUCCAGUCAGUGCAGGACACAGUGCUGUGGUAAAUGGCUUACGGCAGCUGUUUGUGCCUGCUGAGCUGUGCCAGAAAUUUUUAAAACUGGCAGAUGCCAACACUGCACGGGCAGUGGAGACUUGUGGGAUUCUCUGUGGCAAGCUGAUGAAGAAUGCCUUCACAGUGACGCAUGUGAUUGUGCCCAAGCAAUGUGGAGGGCCAGACUACUGCGACACAGAGAAUGAGGAAGAACUUUUCCUGAUUCAAGAUCAGAAUGAUCUCAUUACACUGGGCUGGAUACAUACCCAUCCCACCCAGACUGCCUUUUUGUCCAGUGUGGACAUGCACACACAUUGUUCUUAUCAAAUGAUGCUUCCUGAGUCCAUAGCCAUUGUGUGCGCUCCUAAAUUUAAUGAGACGGGUUACUUCCGGUUGACUGACUACGGGAUGGAUGAGAUUGGUUCCUGCAAACAAAGGGGAUUCCACCCGCAUCCAAAGGAGCCCCCACUCUUCUCUGCUAGCAAACAUGUCACUAUCACUGACGGAAGUGUGACAGUGCUGGAUUUGCGGUGAUGUCAUCACUGCUGCUUUAAAAAUACGUGCCUUUGCUCCUGACCUCACGGUAACACAUAAACUUGCCUAGAAGUACCCAAUGGUCCAAAAAGCACUGCGCUGAACAUUACUAAUGAUAGCUUAAAGGUGAAGUGUCAUUUAUGUGACACUAAAUGUGUCAAAAAAAAUAAUGAGUGUUUUCAAACUGGAUAUAACUGAAGAAAAACUUUUGUUAAGAAUGAGUUUUGACCUCAAAAAUGAUGCAAUUCUUUUUGGUGUUCCAAAAAUUGCACACUUCACCUUGUUUGUGUGUUUGUUUGUUUUUUGCCGUUUCAUAUUUUAAAAUUGUAAAAGCUUAAUAAAAUGGCUCAUGUGCAGGAUCACCUAAGCCAUCUUCAUAAUAUUGCUUUACUAUUAUAUGCUAUUAUAUACAGUUGAAGUCAGAAGUUUACAUACACUUAGGUUCAUGAAAUUAAAAAAAAAAAAAUGUAACCACUCCACAGAUUUAAUAUAAGCAAACUAUUGUUUUGGCAAAUCAUUUAAGGCAUCUACUUUGUGCAUGACAGGAGUCAUUUGUCCAACAAUUUUUUACAGACAGAUGGUUUCACUUUUAGUUUACUAUAACACAAUUCCAGUUGGUCAGAAGUUAACUGUGACUUUGAGCAGCUUGGAAAAUUCCAGAAAAUGAUGUCAAGACAGAUUGGUUUACUGAAUUGGAACUGUAUCUGUGGAUGUAAUUUAAGGCCUACUUUCAAACUCAGUGCCUCUUUGCUUGACAUCAUGGGAGAAUCAAAAGAAAUCAGCCAAGACCUCAGAAAAAAAAUUGUGUUACUCCACAAGUCUGCUUCAUCCUUGGGAGCAAUUUCCAAAUGCUUUAAGGUACCACAUUAAUCUGUACAAACAACAAUAUGCAAGCAUAAACACAAUGGGACCACGCAGACAUCAUACUGCUCUGGAAGGAGACGCAUUCUCUCCUAGAAAUGAACGUAGUUUGGUGCAAAAUGUGCAAAUCAGUCCCAGAACAACAGUAAAGGUCUUUGUGAAGAUGCUGGAGGAAACAGGUAGACAAGUAUCUAUAUCCACAGUAAAAAAAAGUCCUAUAUCGACAUAACCUGAAAAGCUGCUCAGCAAGGAAGAAGCCACUGCUCCAAAACCACCAUAAAAAAGCCAGACUACAGUUUGCAAGUGCACCUCUUUAUGUUUGGAGGAAAAAGGGUGAGGCUUGCAAGCCAAAGAACACCAUCCCAACAGUGAAGCAUGGGGGUGGCAGCAUCAUGUUGUGGGGGUGCUUUGCACUUCACAAAAUAGAUAUUCAUGAGGAAGGAAAAUUAUGUGGAUAUAUUGAAGCAACAUCUCAAGACAUCAGCCAGGAAGUUAAAGCUCGGUUGCAAAUGGGUCUUCCAAAUAGAGGUAUUGAAGGUAUUGGAGUGGCCAUCAAAAAGCCCUGGCCUCAAUCCGAUAGAAAAUUUGUGGGCAGAACUGAAAAAGCAUGUGCGAGCAAGGAGGCCAACAACCUGACUCAGUUACACCAGUUCUGUCUGGAGGAAUGGGCCAAAAUUCCAGCAACUUAUUGUGAGAAGCUUGUGGAAGGCUGCCCAAAACGUUUGACCCAAGUUAAACUAGGCAAGUGUAUGUAAACUUCUGACACACUUUGAAUGUGAUUAAAGAAAUAAAAGCUGAAAUAAAUAGUUCUCUCUACUAUUAUUCUGACAUUUAGCAUUCAUCAAGUUGUGAUCCUAACUGACCUAAGACAAGGAAUGUUUUCUACAAUUAAAUGUCAGGAAUUGUGAAUUUGUUUUUUUACAUUUGGCUAAGGUGCAUGCAAACAUCUGACUUCAACUGUAUGCAUUUAGUUUUGCAUCUAUCUGUAAUGGAAAUGCUUUAUAUUAAUAAAAAGGUCCUCACAUACCAAUGCAACUAGCUUUAGACAGAGUGGCAUUUGUACUUGGCUUUAGAAAUAAUUAUUAAACCACCAUCUAGCUUUUCAAUUUGUUUUUACCUCUUAUAAUUUAAUCAAUCACCAUAAUUAUAUUCUGAAUUAAUUGCAAUGCACUUUUAUCAUAAUAUAUCAAGCUGUCAUUUUUAACAGUUUGGGUCUAUUCACAAUUUAUGGUUCACUUUUGUGUUUCAUACAGGUACCAACAUUUUUGGUAGUAUUGUAUUUAAAAUGAACUUGCUUCAAUGUCUUGCUAAAUUAGUUCUCUUGGACUGUUAAAUUACACUUAGAUGUUUCAUAAAUAACCAAGACUACUUUAAUGUGACAUAACAUAUUUUUAAUACUUUUUUCAGCCAAACUAUUCUCUUUUCCUCUAUUCAUGAUGUAAUCAUAACGUUUAGAGUGUUGUUAUGUAUUAACACUUAUAUUAUUUAUGUAGUCAUGAGUUUUUCAUUCUUAUGUUUUCAAACGCAUACAAACAUAUUUUCACUUGAGAUAUUAUCUGUUAAGCUUUGAAAAAAAGCAUUCUUUUGUGCACUUAUGAGAAAGUGGUCCAGUCAUUUCAGUCUGAAAAU